AUGGCGAUAGUAAUAUUUUCCUCGGUAUUUAUAGGUCUGCUCGUAAACGGUGAUAAAAGUGGUCAUACUUUGUAUACAAAUCUCGAUGAGCGUACAUUUAAGACAAUUGCUUAUCUUAAAGUUCACAUCAAAGAAAACAGCCAUAGGUACAAGAGCAAUAUUUGUAUUCAAACCGACAGUAGGACUGCCCUGAACAUUUUAAAUAACACCAAAAACUACACGGGCCUCUCUGCAGACACGAUAACAGAAAAACUGUGGAAAAUAAAAAAACUUUACUUUAAAUGGGUCAAGGCCCAUCAGGGACACGCCGGUAAUGAGCAGGCUGACAAGCUUGCCAAGAAAGCGUGUACCCUAAGCCGAAACCCCUCUUUCGAAAGGCUACCCAAAUCGUGGGUAAAAACGCAGCUCAAUAACAUCGCUCUGCAGGACUGGCAACUCGAAUGGGACAACGACAACACUGGGAGAAGGACUCAUGCGUACAUCCCAACGAUCGCCCGUCGUAAAAAAGCCAGUCACUACAUCCCGAACGCACAAACGACCCAGGUCCUCACGGGCCAUGGUAAUUUCGCAGCCUAUCUCUUCCGAUUCGGAAAGACUGAUACCAACACUUGUGAAUGCGACAACGCCAGCGAAGGGACAGUAGAGCACUUUCUCUACGACUGCGCAAAGCAUGAAAACAAAAGACUGCCUUUCAUGGGUAAAUGUCUUGCGGAAGGUCAGAACUGGCCUCCAAAAACAGCCGAAGUUUUCAGCAACAACAAACUUUGGAGAGGACUCUCGGACUACAUCCACAGUACAGCAACCCUCAACGCCAGUAAUCGAGGCAACAGCAACGCAACCUAG